CGCCGCGCGGCGGGCGGCGCGAGUUUGGUGCCCGACUUUUAGCUUGGAGCCCGGCCGCGGCCGCCGCGCUGCCAGCCCCGGUGUAGCCUCGGUGUCCAGUCUCACCGCCGCUCUCGCAGCUCGCGAGCAGCUCUUCGGGUCCUGCCUGUUUGCGGGGAGCCAGAGUUUCUCCCACCGAAAGCGCCGGGGCGCGCGGACCGCGGCGGCGCGGCGAGUCCUCGCACGGCGUGAGGCCGGCCAGAAGGCCGCAGGUGGCCGAGUGAAAGGUCAUUUUGGACACCAGGCAUGGGAGAUUCGGUGUUUGUCUGCAGCAACUUGUUCCACUCCUAAAUCCUGCGCCUUCCCUGUUGAUAGGAGCUUUCCCGUUCUCACUCUCCCUAGCCACGACUCCGCAGUGGCCAGGCCUUCCUGGGCCCCUGCUUUUGGCUGGCCAUGGGGGGCACCCUGGGCUGCCAUCGCUCCAUCCCCAGGGACCCCUCGGAUCUUUCCCACAGCCGAAAGUUCAGUGCAGCCUGCAAUUUCAGCAACAUCCUGGUGAAUCAGGAGCGGCUUAAUAUCAACACGGCCACGGAGGAGGAGCUGAUGACCCUGCCUGGGGUGACGCGGGCUGUGGCCCGCAGCAUUGUGGAGUAUCGGGAAUACAUCGGUGGUUUCAAGAAGGUGGAGGACCUGGCGCUGGUCAGUGGUGUGGGUGCCACCAAACUGGAGCAGGUCAAGUUUGAGAUCUGUGUGAGCAGUAAGGGCAGCUCAGCCCAGCACUCUCCCAGCUCGCUGCGUCGCGAUCUGCUGGCCGAGCAGCAACCACACCACCUGGCCACCUCAGUGCCCCUCACGCCACGAGUCAACAUCAACACAGCCACCCCGGCUCAGCUCAUGAGUGUGCGAGGCCUCACGGAGAAGAUGGCCCUGAGCAUCGUGGACUUCCGCAGAGAGCACGGCCCCUUUCGCAGUGUCGAGGACUUGGUGAGGAUGGAUGGGAUCAGUGCUGCCUUCUUGGAUAGGAUCAGAAACCAGGUGUUUGCCGAGCGGUCCAGGCCCCCUUCCACCCACACCAACGGGGGCCUGACCUUCACCGCCAAGCCGCACCCCAGCCCUACCUCUCUGAGUCUGCAGAGUGAGGACCUGGACCUGCCUCCAGGGGGACCCACGCAGAUUAUCUCCACUCGGCCCUCAGUAGAGGCCUUCGGAGGCACGAGGGACGGGAGGCCAGUGCUGAGGCUGGCCACCUGGAACUUUCAGGGCUGCUCAGUGGAGAAGGCCAACAACCCUGGAGUGCGUGAGGUGGUGUGCAUGACGCUUUUGGAAAACAGCAUCAAGCUUCUAGCUGUUCAAGAACUACUUGACAAAGAGGCCCUGGAAAAGUUCUGCACUGAGCUAAACCAGCCGACGCUGCCUAUCAUCCGCAGGUGGAAGGGGCCCCGGGGGAGCUGGAGGUCUGUUGUCUCCGAGAAGCCUUCUAGCCAGCUCCAGAAGGGGCCCGGGUACUCAGGAUUCCUGUGGGACACCACUGCCGGGGUGGAGCUGAAAGAGACCAACUCGCAGGACGACUCACCCAGCAAUGGGCAUGGGAAGUCCCUGGGCCCCAGCCCGUACCUCGCAAGGUUCAAGGUGGGAAGUCAUGACUUGAGCCUUGUCAACCUGCACCUGGGGGCUCUCCCAGGUGGGGAGAAUUCCAGCAAAAUCCACAGCGACAGCCCCCGGGUGGCAAGCUGCAUUCACACCCUCCAGGAGACCCUGAAAGGAGAAAAAGAUGUCAUUCUUUUAGGGGAUUUUGGACAAGGACCAGAUAGCACCGACUAUGACAUCCUGCGGAGAGAGAAGUUCCACCACCUGAUCCCCUCGCACACCUUCACCAACAUCAGCACCAAGAAUCCCCAGGGCUCCAAGGCUCUGGACAACAUCUGGGUCAGCAGAGGCCUGAGGAAGGUUUUCACAGGUCACUGGGCUGUCGUGAGAGAAGGCCUCACCAACCCUUGGAUUCCGGACAACUGGUCAUGGGGCGGCGUGGCUUCUGAGCACUGCCCCGUGUUGGCCGAGUUUUACACAGAGAAGGACUGGAACAAGAAGGAAGGCCCUCGGAAUGGCAGUGCUGUCACCCUGGAGCGAGGGGAAGCCAGUAUUAAGCAUGAGCGAUGACAAAGGCGGAUCCAUGUUAGACCCAGGCUCCGAGCCCAGAACAGAAAUGAGCCCUUCCAGAUGAAGGUUUGGGGCCUAUAAUCUGGGGGAGGGCCUCUGGCCAGCUCUGUGGAACCUUGAGAGCCUCCUUGGGGAACACAGCAGGCACAGCAGUGCUGUGUGGCCCCAGCCCAGUGGGCACCAGUGAUCAGCAUGGUGGGACUGGGAGUCUGCUGGCUGCAUGGUGCCCUGAAAACAGGCAGGGUGGGGGAAAAUGGGGAGAUGGCCCGGGCUGCCUGAGUUCCCAUUUCCCCAUCCCCCAAGCUGCUUGAGCUUCAAGUAUGAUGAGUGCUCUUUCCAAAAUUUGAAGUGGUGUUUUUUUUUUUUUUUUAAGCUUUGUUUUGAGAAACAAUAAACAGCUUCACCUGCCGGGCUGCACAGGUGUGUGGUGGGUUCUCCUGC